AUGUGGAUGAGGCAGGGCGGAGGUAUUGUUACGUUUGCUGCUCCGUCAUCAUCUGCAGCCGAGCAACGGCCGGCUAAAAAGGCACCGAAAAAGAUCUUGAAAUCGGCGCUAAAGAAUUCGGACGAGAAAGUUAUUUCACUGAAGAAAGUUACUUUUGAUGUUGAAAAGUUCGCUGCCGACGAGUGUGAUGAUAUUGAAGAACGCGACGAGGCACGGGCUCGACUGGCAAUAAAACUUGGCGCACAGCCGCCGAAAAGUCGUUUUGUCAAUUACAAGCAGUUGAAGGAGGAGUUGAGUACGAGGAAAUUAGCGCAGCCUGAAUUUGAUAAGCUUUCUGCUUUGAAAGCCAUGAAAAAACUGUCGAUGAAGAAUAGGGCGAAAACGAAGAAAAUACGUCGGCAUUGA